AACGCGCGCGCCGUGCCUAUAUAAAAACGACGAGCUCCACCGCCUGCGACCACAGAUGAUAAUAUGUAGCCGCGUCGCGUCUCACCACUGCGGCCGAUCCGAUCGCUGGAUCUCUCCUGUGUCCUUAAGUGAUUACGCGUGCUCGAGUAUAUGGUACCUUUUCCGGGUACCUGGCCGUCGAUGUCGCCGCCGCCGCUGCCACCACCACCACCGCCGUUCAUACCCGCAUAAAUAAUAUUUUGUUGUUACACAAAAACCACCCUCCUUCGCCGAUCGGACGUCCAUCCGCCCGACACUAUCUAUACCUAUUAUAUGCGACAUAUUAUUAUACCACCAGUGGUAUACAACCUAUAUGCGUCGGAUCUGCUGGAAAAAAGAACAAGAUGUCAACCAUAUCAAGUUUUUGCGAUAUUUUGAUGGUGAAAGUAGUUGGAGACCCUGAUUGGAGGCAGAGAUUUGUCGUGCUCAGCAACAGUACACUUUGGAUUUAUGGGGAUGAUCAAGAUCCCCGAAGGACAAAAAUUCAUGCAGUGAGAGACCUGGCAGUAUGUCGAAGAAUUUGCGACGGAAGUCACUUAGUCUUGCAUAUAAAAAACAUAGCUAAAUUAGAUUGGUUUAAGAUUAAAUUCAACACAGAGAAACAACUAAUCGCUUGGAAGAAACGAUUGCGACAAGUAAAAGAAGCUUGGAAUGAAGAGACUUAUUUUCAAUACCUUAAUCAAAAAUCUCAACUCAGAUCUCCAUAUGAGCCAUUGACUAGGAUAAAUCAACAGGUGCCCAGUAAUAAACUAUCAAAGCCUGCACGUAUGCCAUUUUCUCGGAGCCGUUCACUACAAGAAAUAAUAAGUUGGGAAAAAUUACCCAUGAUACUUACUCAAGUAAACCAGGAAAUGCUUUGUGGAAUAAACGAUAUAGACUCAAUUUUAGUCAGAGUUCGAUUAUCAAUCUUGGAAAACGAAAUGGCUUAUAACAGAGAAAUGGACAAAAUGUUGGUUGCUUUUAAAAAACGAGCAUUGUGGCCUGAUUAUUUUCUGAUGGACGACAAAUCGUUAAUUGAACAAACGUUGUCCAAAUUGAAGGAGAGUUCAGAUACUCUUUUGCAUGAUGUAGAAGACAUGUGGCCAGACGCUCCUAUGGUAUUACAAAGUUUGGACGAUCUAGCUGAUUUAUUAAUUAAACACUUGAAAUCAGUAGCGAGGACGCGAAUGAUUACCUACUGCCAUCUCUUACGGGAUUUUAGGCCUUUUUUGCGAAAUAAUUUAGAGAGCGUGGACGAUAUAUACGCGGAUGUGUACAGCGAACACUUUUACAUGGAACGAGCGCUUCUGCCGAUUUUUCGGGUGUACAAGCUAAAAGGUAUAUCCAAGAAGUUGGCGGUCAUGCUAGCCACCGAGAAGGACUCCAACAGUGCACGUUGGAACAGGCUGUUCGACCUGUGUCAGGAGACGCUGACCGAGACGUACGGCGAGCUGUCCAGACUGUUCGGCGACUAUUACGCGCUGAGCGUGACGCAGUUGUUCGCUUUCAGCGACAAGCACGCGGCGUUCGAGCGCAACGGCAACAUGAGCCUAUUCGAGAAGUUCGAACUGGCCAGGGAAGUGAGUGAGAUAUGUGACUCGGUGGUACCGCUCAUCAAGGUUGUAAUCGUGGAGGGCGGUAAGCGCGGUGACGGUACCGCCGCCGCCGUGUCGGACGACGUGGUGGCCGCUGUGGAAGCCGCGGCGGCCGGUCACCGACGCAGAUGUGGCGCUGACUGUUGGGACGACAGUGACAAUGACGGGCGCCGGAAGGGGGACGGAGCCGCCCGACCGUCUGAGGAAAUCGCGACGAGCAAGAAUCCGUUCGGAACCAUCAUGGAAUACGACGUGGACAGAAAAGCGGCAUGCCGAAAGAACUUCGGCGUCCGUGGCGGCCACAACAACGUUAAAAACAAGCAGAGGAAGACAGCAGCAGUAGCGCCCGGAAAGUGCAUCGAACUCAAGGUGUACUCGCGUUCAGUUAAUUAUUUCCACGAACAGAUCGAUGAACAAGCGGUCGUUUGCAGCGGGUUUGUCGCGACACGCAUGUCGACCACCGCCUCACUGCCUUACUGAAUGGUUGCAUAUUCAUGUAUUAUAUUAUUAUAAGUAUAAUAUGUAUGACAUGUAUGUGUGUUUUUAGAGACACGGAGUGCUUGAUAGUAGGAGGGAUAGGGUGGUUUCACCCCCAAUUACAAUUAUUUGAAUUAUUCUCGGACGCGCAGAAAACAAUGGUUUUAAAAAAAAAGUUACAAAAAAAACAACAGUAGGUCGCAAUACCACACACACACACACACACACACACACACACACACACACACACACACACACACACACACACACACACACACACCUGCUCGCGCGCCUGAACGCAAACGCUUUCGCCUGAAUACUAUAAAUCGGCGUAAUACAACAAAUUAGGUACACAGGUAUUUGCGUGGCCUACACCGGGCUACACGUGUUAUGUGCGGCGCGCGAUCUGUAUUCUGAUAUUAUGAACGACCAGUGCAAUGUAUACCUACCGGCUAUCGAUAAUCCGAAGAUGGCCAAUUCGCAACAAUAAAAUCAUAAUCGAGAGGAGAGCCAAAGAGAUACUUGGAUUUUUUGAUAUUUUAGUGUCGUACGCGGAGAGAAGAAGAUUAUAGUACUUUUUGGACCAGUUUAUAUUAAAGUCGCCAUCGAUCAGUAUAAAAAUUACCUUCCUAACAAUUAUUGGCGAGAGUGUAUCUCAGUAAUUUUUAGUCAAGGUUUUUAUUUUUUCCGGCGUACGCUGUCAUAUCAUAUUAUAUAAAAUAGCAAUAAUCCUAUCAUAUUCAUAUAAUGUCUAAAGUUAUUGAAUAUAGUGCGCAGCUCGAGUUAAAUCUAACGCGCACAACAAACUAUUUAAACGUAGAAAAUAUUAUAUUUUGUUACAUUUAUAGCUGUCAAUAGUUUGUAUAACCAUGGCAUGUAAGGAU